AUGACCCUACCAACCAGGGACUCCUCCCCGUCGACGUCAAGACCUCGUUCAUGCAUGUUGGAUGGAGACGAUCCGGGGUUGACUCUCGAAACCUCAGACGGUGUACUCUUCCAGUCCUGUGCCGUUCUCUUCUACCUCGCAUCCCCCGUGCUGGCAUCUCAGCUGUCCAGUACUUCGUCCUCGCGCCCACGCCGUCUCCUUGUUACCGAGACGAGCACCGUUAUCUCUAUUAUCCUCAAGAUCUACCACCCAGUCGACGAGCCGCCCUCCACCGAUAUCGUCGGCAUAUAUCAUGCGCUCAUGGCUGCGGAGAAGUACAGGAUGCAGAAAGCGGUGCGAUAUUUACGCAAUGCCCUCCUGUCCAAGAAGGACGACCCAUCUACUGACCCGGUAUUGCUCUACGCCAUUGGGUGCCGUUGCGGGAUGCGCGACCUCGCUGCCUCUGCAGCAAAGCGGACUCUCCGGAUGGAACAUGAAUCAUCCACAUCUACGUACGCACCAUUGGACGACUUGGGCGUUCCGGCGAGCUACCUCCAUCGCCUCCUCACCUACCAACAAGAAUGCCGUGAAGCUGCGCGGUGCGUGGCUGAGGGCAAGUGGCGCACGCAGUUGGAGAGCGCAUGUGGAUUAGGCGAAUGGGCAGAUGACGGGAAGACACCGUGCUGGUACGGCCCGUACAUGGCUGCGAUCGCUAUGCAGCGGUGGCCCACUGCUACAUCAGUGACUGCACCGGAAUUACUACGGGGUGUAAUUUCGUCCUGUCGGAGCAGAAAGGACGGGGGUGGCCGUAGACGCGGGGCGUGCAGCUACUGCUCGAAUCCGGAGAAGAUACUUCUUUUCUAUGACUUCACCAAGUACGUGGCAGAGACAAUCGAGGCACAUGUAGACAAGGUGGUCCUUACCUGGCCGGAGUCGGAAUGA